AUGUCCGUCUACAACGCUUACGCAGCAACGUCCCACGGCCCAUCCGCGCCCUUCUUCUCUCAGCAGACCAGACAGCCUCAACCCUACCAACAACCAUAUCAAGGCUACUACGCUCCUACACCUCAGCCACCACCUAUGGACGAGAAUGAAUUUCGAAGCUUUUAUGCUCAGCGUCUUGGCACACUCACUGUCAAUUCCCGUCCCAUCAUUCAGGACUUAUCUAUGCUAGCACAGAGUUACCCUCAUAUGGCUCAUGUAGUCGUAGAUGCUAUUGAACGCCAGAUGGCUCCUCCUUUCAAGUUACCUUUAUUCUAUUUAUUGGAUUCCAUUGCUAAGAAUGCUUUCGAACCAUACGCAGCUGCUUUUUCCUCUCGCAUAGUUCGCUUGUUCUUGGACACAUACUAUGCGGUUGACCAGCAGACCCAGCAUAAAAUGCGUGAGAUGAUGGCUACCUGGAGAAGUGGUUCUCCUAAUCAUAGGGAACUAUUUGGUUCGGCAGUACAAUCUGAGAUUGAGCGCGUUUGGGGAACAUCGGUACGGCGCCUUUUGCCCCUGACUCUCCCAAGACCACUCAAGCCAUCCGUUCUCUCCGGGCAGCGUGUUCCUUCUGCUUCACAGGUAAUGACUGAGCUGGACGUCGUCUUGGUUCAAAAGGAAAGAGCAGCACAACAAAAUCCAUAUGAUGAACUCCUCCCUCGACAUAUCAAUGCUCUGCAAGAGCUUAAGAAAAUGGUCCCGACGAUGAACACAGGUGAUUUAACUGCCACAUUAACAAGGCUUCGGGAGAUGGCGAGAGCUAGCGUGGGUACAGUGCAGCAUAUACCAGUUCAACCCGCUCCUCCUGUAUCGUAUGGUCCAACGGGCUAUCCCACGAUGUCCCAACCUCCUUUUGGAUACCCUCCCGCGCCUGCUGUCCUUCCCACCUCGAUAGUGCCCUCCCCGGCCAAGCAGUCAGUCAGCGCACCUGUAGCGAUUGAGAUCUCUGCCACUACAUCCUUAGAAGAUUAUGAGAAAGCCAUACUUCGAUGCAAAUUGAAAAUAACAUCCAACGAUAUUGCAAGAACUCCGCCGCAAGUGUUGCCUUUCCUCUAUAUUAAGAACUCACCUCAGUGUAAUGAAUGCGGCAUGCGUUUUCCUGCUGGCGAGGAUGGCAAAGUCAAGCUCCGGGACCACCUAGAUCAACACUUCCGUCAAAAUACGAGGGCUACCGAAAAUAACUGGGUCGCCGAUAUUCCAGAACAUCCUUUAAACAAGACAAAGCGUUCUUUCGCUAAGAUGACGGACAAACAAAGGGCGGAGGCAGUUGAAACCCUACGAAAGGAGUUGGAGGCUAAAUUCUUAGUUGUGCCUCCUGGAGAAGAAGGAAAGGAGAUUAGAUGUGGAAUUUGUAUGGAAGUGAUUAAAGUCGAAUUUCAAGAAGACGACGAUGAGGGUGACUGGGUGUGGAAAAAUGCGGUGAAGGUUGACAACAAAGUGGGUUCAACUUUGAAAGCCUUAAACCACCAAAAUCCUAAUAUGCCAAAGAUAUACCACGCUACUUGUCAUCACGACUGGGCCAACUCUAGCUUCAACAAGCAGCGUCUCGCUGAGAUGAACUCGAGUCGUCAAGGCACUCCUGAAGUGCACUCUCGUGGGACUGGUUCUCAAGAUGGCACACCGUUGCGUAUCAAGUCGGAUUCCCCAAAGACGCCACCUCGACUUCUGGCUGUAGCCGGGACAAAGCGGAAAGCGGCCAUAUCAAGUGACCCUAACCGACCUGCUCUACUCUCAUCGAAGGAAGGCACCCCCUUGUCACAAACCGAAGAUGAUGAGCCUCGUCUCAAACGCAGAGUCGUUCAAACAUAA